AUGAGGUAUGCCACCGGAAAGGCACCGACUGCACCGACCUGCCCGCCGCCUCCGGGGCGGAGCGCACAAAGGGGCAAAGUUUCCCGGCCCGCGCCGCCGCCACCACCGUCGCGGCCGCCGCCGCCGCCUGGGGCGCCCGCCUCCUGGAGCGCCUGGCCCGGCCGAGCUCGGCGCACGGAGCCCCCCGCCCGGGCCGAGGAGGGGACGGCGCAGGAGGAAGGAAGAGGCAGCGGCGGCCGCGGCGGCAGCAGCAGCAGCAGCAGCAAUGAAGGCGUCCGCGGGACUCCCCGCCCCCCGCGCGCCGCGGCACGUGCUCGCCCGGGGACUCCCCCGCCCGGGAGGGCGCGCACGUGCGGCCCCGCCGGGCCCCGCCGAGCCCCGCCGAGCCCCGCCGGCCCCGCCGCCUCCCUCUCCGCCGGGCUCGGGGCUACGCGAGGGGGGAGUUCCGCGGAGGGGGAGGGGACGGCGCGGGCAGUCCUCGAGCGGGUGGGGGCAGGGCCCGGCCCGGACGCCGCGCCUUUGCACCUGCAGUACUUCCCCUCCCCAGCGGUCGGUCCUCCCGGGACCCGGCCGCCCUCCUCCGGUUGGCCGCCACCGCCCUCCGGCGCUUCUGCAGCCCGGGCGGGCGCGGCGGGCGGCGCGGGGUGGGGCACGCGGACCUCCCAGUCUAGGCCCUCGGCGGAGCUGGCCUCGGUGUCCCCACUUCCUGCCACUCCCUGCGGGCCGAGCGGCCUGGGACGGCCCCGGCGCCCCCGGGAGUCCUGAGCUCCGGGCCCGACUGAUCCCCCUCUCCUGGCAGCCGCUCGCUCGCUCAUUCCGAGGCAGGACAAUGGGGUACAUCGCGCGUUUGCGUACCGAGUCAGCCUGGCCGGCUAGGAGGGGAUACCCGCGAGCAGGGGCCGAGGGCCAGCCGGGAGGCACCCUCGCGGGGGUGACGGCCGAGCGCCCUACCCAGGCGGACCCCGGGCCCCUACCAUCGCGAGCCUCCCCCGCGCCGCUCUCGGCUCUUUCGCUUCGAAAACAAAGACUGAUCCGAUACCCCCGCCCUGCCUCCCAGAGGAGGGGAAACGGGCGCGUCGCGGAGGGUAACCGAGGAGGACAGCGUUCAGGAGGGGCUCGGACAGGCACCGAGGGGGCCGUGGCGCAACCGAGCCCUAUAACCCAGCGCAGACACUUUGAAAAGUCACCCCGGGCUAUUUUCCAGACAAGGGGCAAGGCGUAAGAAUAUUUUCCAGUUGCCAAA